AUGUUUCCGUUUUCAUCAUGGAUGUUUCCUAAUUGGAGUUGGUUCUGUAUCUUCCUGGCCGCUUUCUUGUUUCGCUACAUCAGAUUAUGGAUCAACCUGGCUGCGGUAUGGACAUACACGCCCAUUCAGCCGGUCGAUGAACCCAGCAUUACUUCGCAAGAUGUGACGGUCAUCAUUCCAACCGUUGCCGAGGACAUUCAACAAUUAAAAGAGACGGUCCAAACGGCCUACCGCCUCGAACCCUUCGAGCUGCUACUUGUGACUCCCGACUCCCGUGUGAAGCGGCUGUACCAGAUGGUUGAAGAGCUGGGCUGCCCCAAGAAGAUCCAGGUGCUGUCCGUGAGCCAGGCCAACAAGCGCCGCCAGCUCUCGAGAGCAAUUCCGGAGGUGCAGACAAAGAUUACACUAUUGUUGGACGAUGACGUGUGGUUGCCGGAAAAAUUCAACAAAUGGAUGCUGGCACCUUUUGAAGAUGCUCGCGUGGGCGGCGUGGGAACGAACCAACAACUGCGUCGGAAAAACCGAAACAAUAUCUGGGAAUUUCUCGGCGCGAUAUAUUUGGUGCGAAGGACGUUUGACUGCACAGCGUGCAAUUGGCUCGACGGCGGCCUCCCCUGCCUCUCUGGACGUGCUGUUGCGUACCGAUCGGAAAUUCUACAAGAUCCAAACUUCACCUACGGGUUCACGCACGAAACGUGGGGUAGCGACCACUUUCUCAACGCGGACGACGACAACUUCAUCACCCGAUGGCUCUUCUCGCACGAUUGGAAGAUCCAAUUGCAGAACCACCGCGAGUGCGAGGUGGAGACGACGCUGGAACACGAUCCCAAGUACCUGCGGCAGUGCCUGCGGUGGGUGCGUAGCAAUUGGAGGAGUAACCUGACCAGCUUGAGCGAGCUGCACAUGUGGUUAAAUUAUCCCUGGUCCCUGUACGCCGUCUUCCAGACGACCAUUACGCAAUGGGCCUUCCUCUACGACUGCGCCCUUGUUGCCGUCUUCUAUCUCGCCAUGGUGGAGGCGGGCUACUAUCCAGGAGGGAACGAAGCGCAGCUCUACGCGGACUACAAGCAGACGCGCACGCUGCUAUGGGCCUUGUUCCUCGGACACAUGGUGUUCUCCAAGACGAUCAAGCUAGUGCCACAUCUGCUACGAAACCCGGGCGACGUGCGCUUCGUGCCGGUCUCGAUCCUCUUUGGCUACUUCCACAAUCUCAUCAAACUCUACGGAUGCAUUACCGUAACAGAGACGACAUGGGGCACGCGUGAGGGCGCCGACACGGACGACAACAUCAGGAUGCUGCCAAUCCCGCCCAUGGCCUCGAUUACGCCGCCGCUCUCGCCGUCGCCGCAUGGACGCAUACUCCGCGAGCGCGCAAGCCUCAUACCGACGGCAGUGAGCUGA